GGUCUUCGAAGGGCUAUGCGGAAGCCGCAUGGUCGUAUUCGUAAUCAGCAUGGUCGAUAACCUAUAACCCACUAGAUUCCGAGCAAAAAGCGUUUAAUCACUUCGUGGGGUUCCCUCGUAAGUAUAAAAUUGUAAUAAUAAAGUGUCAAAUAUUACUUUUUUCCUCUCAUAAUUCUAUAAUAGGUUGUCCUCUAACAUAUUUUUAUUAGUAAUUGUUCAUCUUAAUUUUCGCAUUUUUUUCUUAUACUACAGUUAUUAAUUAUAUGAGUUUUAUCUAACUCUUUUUUAUCAAAAAUUCUAUCUUACUUAUAUCCAGCGUAUAACAUUCGUUUUAGCCUUCCAUUAUCCAGCUGAUCCUUUGUAUUUUUGUUCUUCUUUAUCGAAUAGCUUAAGUAUUGACACCAGGCUUAGGCGAAUCCGAGUCCAAACUGGAAGAUUUUUUGACAGACUCGGACUUGAGUUUUUGUAUUUCGAGUCCGAUCUAUUCAACUUUUAACAUAAAUUAGCAGAGAAAAAUGAAAAGUGAAAUAACAACAUCUACUGUUUCACAUGAAACUGAAAAUUUUGUUCGAGAGACGGCCAUGGAACGUAGUCUUAUUUUCGAAAAAUCAAAUAUCUAUCCAGGGCUCAGCAAAUUAAAAUAUAAACCAACUUCAUCAAAAAAGAAUCUACAAGAUUACCGGACUCAAAAUGGACUCGGACUCGCUCAUGCCUGAUUAACACUUCUGAUGGGAGGGCGGCAUAUGAGCACGUUCUCAUUUGAGCGUAUUUCGAUUUUAGUGCGUCUUAUUUGGAUGCGUUUUUAAUUACAUCACUCGUUCUUGAAAAUAUUUUGAAAAUUUUUGAACAGUUUAAAUUUCAAUUUAUAAAUAAAUAAUACUUAAGAUGUUAAAAUAUUUUUAAGAACUUUCAUGUACUAUAGUAUUUCUUCACGUAAUGAUGGACGAACCAUAGAAAACUAGUCAAUUAUUUUUUGUUUAAGUGACGAUUAUUCUGAAAAUUUUCAAUUUGUGAUCAAAAAAAUUUAUCCAAAAAUUUUGUUGCUCCAAAUAAAAUGAGAUCUAAGACUGAAUUAUAUAAAAAUGACAAUAUUUUACUUUCAAUUUGUAAAUUUUAAUCGACAAAUUUAACACUAAAAGAUACAGAACUUUAUAGAAAAUAUUUGGAUGUAUUUCGUUACAUAAUUGAAAUACUCUUUUUAGAUGGUGAAUAUCGUAGGGUUCAAGUAUCAUUAAAGUUCACAUUUCUUACUGAUAAAAGAAAAUUUUUAAAGAUAAUUUCAUUUGAACAAAAGUAAUUAAUUGUUUUAUAGUCCUCUUGACAUUUCUAGUAUCAAACUGUUGAGAUUUUUUUCAUUUCUCUUAUUAAAUAAUCUUUUUCAAUUCUCUUUCCUUUUCUCUACGACGUAGAGCAUGUCAAUAUAAGAUACUUCAUAUGCUUUUUAUAAUUGAGUAAAUGUAGACAGCGUUUUCGAUUGGAAGGUGGAAAGGAGUAGAAAUCCACCUUCUCGUUUGGAUAGGAGUUAAUCCAAAAAAUUUUUUAGAAAAUUUAAGCUGAAAAACUGCCUUUUAUGAAGUUAAGUGAUUUUUUCUAACGUCUGAGUAACUUGGUUUCCCUCCUUGAGAAACUACUUAUUGUUAAUGAAUCUUGUUUUGAAAAAAAAAAUAUAAUGAAGAAAGAAAAUAGGCACUACUGUCAAGCUCAUUUUCAAUCUUCAAUUAGUUUUAAACGUACAGUUACUCAGAAAAAAACUUUAGUUACUCAGCGAACUUUCCAUCUGCUCCCAAAACCUGUAUCGAAAACGCUAAAUGUAAAUAUUUCUUAAGUAAGUCUAGAGUGAAAUUUGACUGCUAGAAGAAUCUCUAGAAGAAUAAGUUGAAAUCUUCUCCCCAAAAAAGUUUUUAUUUAAAAAACAAUAGUCUCACGUCUUUUCUUUCGAAAGGGAUGAAUCACAAGUCUCUACUACUUUUUGUCCUUGAGUAAUUCGAGAAAUAUGCAUGUUUAGUCAAUUAUAAAAUAAAGUUUAAGAAUAGGAUUAAAAAAAUUCUGUUGUUCUAUUCUGUUACUUAAUCUUUUCAGCAUUGUUGACUAAAAAACGAUAUCAUCAUUCCUCUUAUAUUAUACGAUAACCUUUUGGUUUUGGGAUUUUUUUUAGUACCCAUUUUUCGGUUUUAAUUGAUACGGUGAUCAAUUCAAUCUUAGCAAUAUUCAAUUCGGUAUUAAAAUCUACACCAAGAUUUACGGCCAAUCAGGGAUCAAUAACUGAAAAUCAAGCAUUAAAAAAUUUGCAAGGUCGUGUUCGUAUGGUAUUAUCUUACUUUUUUGCCCAAUUAUGUUUGUGGACAGCAGGUCGUCCUGGAUGGUUACUCGUACUCGGUUCUAAAAAUUCAAAUGAAAGAUCAAUUGGACAUUUUGCAAAAUAUGAUUGUUCAUCGGGCGAUGUUAAUCCCAUUGGUGGUUUAUCAAGAAUAAAUUUACAUCUAUUUUUAAGCUAUUGUGCACAAACAUUUAAUCUUAUGACAGUGAGAAGAAUAUGUGAUACAACACCAAAUUCAGAAUUAGUUCCAUUAUCUCAUGGUGAAACAAAAGAGAGUGAAAUGGGUAUGUCAUUUGAAGAUUUGACUACAUAUUCAAAAUUAAGAAUGGAACAACAUUGUGGACCAUUUUCAAUGUUUUGUAAAUUAUUAUCACAAUGGUCAACAAGACAUAAACCAAAUGAAGUGGCUGAAAAAGUGAAAUUUUUUUUUCGUACAAUAUCCUCACAUCGUCAUAAAUUUUCAGCAACAUCAAUGGCUUGUUGUAUCGAACAAGAAAAUACAGAUGAUAUUCGACCGGUACUUGGAUGUCCACAAUGGACAUGGCAAUUUAAUUAUAUCGAUGAAAAAGUGAAGAAAUUAGUGUUAUGA